CAAGCUAGCCACUACAGGAGUGCGGAUAUGAGUGAGUCACUAGUUGUUUGUGAUGUGGAUGCAGAACUUGUUGAAAAGUUAAAAAAGUUUCGCUUUCGGAAAGAAACCAACAAUGCUGCUAUUAUUAUGAAAAUAGACAAAGAUCGGCGAUUAGUGGUUCUGGAGGAGGAACAUGAGGGUAUAUCCCCCGAUGAACUGAAAGAUGAACUUCCUGAGAGGCAGCCGAGAUUUAUAGUAUACAGUUACAAGUAUCAACAUGACGAUGGCAGAGUUUCUUAUCCCUUGUGCUUUAUAUUCUCCAGCCCCUUAGGAUGUAAACCAGAACAACAGAUGAUGUAUGCAGGAAGCAAAAAUAAGCUAGUUCAGACGGCUGAACUCACAAAGGUUUUUGAGAUCAGGAACACUGAAGACCUCACUGAAGAAUGGCUGACUGAGAAACUUGGCUUUUUCCAUUAACUUGUAUUUUCUAUGUUAAAGAGCUUGAAGUGUUCACUUUGUACUUUCAGUUCACUUUUACACAAGAUAUCUGCAUUCCAGGAAGAUUUUCUAAAACCAAAAAUAAGUUGGUAAAAUGAUAUGUGGAACCCACUGGUUUUCAAAAUAUUGUAAGACCUUAAUAUCACUUGGGAAUUAAUCCUUUGAGUUAUUUGUACAUGUGCUGCAGCUUCUCUAGCAGCAGUGUGCUAUAUAGUAUUUAUAUAUCUGAAAUCACUGGAACAUGUUUACUGCUUUACUAAAACAAUUCUAUUAAAAAAAAAUGUAUUCCAUACUAUGAACACUAAUGUUUUUGUAAUGCUGUGUUCUCAGAAUAAUGAACAUUGCAAUGUAAUCUUAUUUUUAGUGGAUUAUUUUGUAGGGAACAAUCUUAAUGACUUUGUGACAAUGUGUCAUUUUUGUGCUGUAUGCAAAAUGUACAUAAUCUUAUAGCACUUUCCCGGCAUAUAUGGCCGUCACAAAGGGAUUAAAGGACAAGGAUGGGUAAAAUUUUUAAAAUUUUGGUGGUACACCUUCAGUUAUUCUAGUUGCUUACCUUUUACCCUGUCUGGUGGUCAUUUAAAAAAAAAAAAAAAAGUGUGGGUACUGGUUGCUGAAAAUCACACCUCUGGGCAUGCUUUGUCUGUUUAAGACAAUUGCAUAUUUAUUACAGAACUCCCCAAGUAUGCCAGGCUGGUGCAUUUUUUGAAGAAGAGGGGCACCAGCUUGGGCAAAAGGCAAGCAACUAGAAUCAUGGGGGGGGUGCUUAAUAAGGAUUCUUCCAUGAUUUUGUAUGGUGUAGUGUGUUUUUUAUUACUAAAUUACACUGUACAUUGCAAAUAAUUGAUUCUACCAUUUAAAAUCUAACACUAGGUGGGGCAUGGGAGCAUUUUUAUCAAUGCAGGUAUCAGAGCUGUUAACUUGUUACCUGCCCAUUGUUCUGCUGAGGGGUAAAGGGAGGGGGUUGAUAUUACUCCAACUUGCUGUGCAGCAGUAAAGAGUGACUGAAGUUUAUCAGAGCACAAAUCAUAUGGCUGAGGGCACCUGGGAAACAUGUCUAGCCCCAUGUCAAAUUUCAAAAUUGAAUAUAAAAAAUCUGUUUGCUCUUUUGAAAAAUGGAUGUGAAUGCAGAAUUCUGCUAGAGGAAUGCUAUUUACUUGAUACAUUGUGUAAAAAAAAAGUUUCCCUGUGACAAUUUCUUUAGCCCACAGUGUGUUUACCUUUCCUUUUCCUUUAAAUUCAUUUGGCGUUUUACUGUUGGUCUUAUGAUGUAGAAAUUUGAUACAUAAUACAAAUUGUUAAAA